CCUGCAGCGCGCCGGAUUUCCCCUCGGGCCUGGGUCUGCGCUCCGUGUCCGCGCGGGCACAGGUCUCCUACACGCGGGGCCCCCAGCGGCGCCGCUUCUCCGCCGAGCAUGGGGCUACCUCGGAGAUCCGCGGACCCGGCGGAGCUGCGCAAGAGCCUGAAGCCGCUGCUGGAGAAGCGCCGCCGCGCGCGCAUCAACGCAAGCCUGAGACAGCUCAAGGGGCUCAUCCUGCCGCUACUGGGCAGGGAGAGCUCCCACUACUCGAAGCUGGAGAAGGCGGACAUCCUGGAAAUGACCGUGCGCUUCCUGCAGGAGCUGCCUGCAUCCUCCUGCGCGUCCGCAGCGCCUACGCCCUCGGACAGCUACGGUGAGGGCUACCGCGCCUGCCUGGCCCGUCUGGCCCGCGUGCUGCCCGCCUGCCGCGUCCUGGAGCCCGCCGUGAGCGCCCGCCUGCUGGAGCACCUGCGGCGGAGGGCGACCGGCGUCACCCCCGACGGUGGGCGCGCUGGGGACUCCUGUGGCGCGGCCGCGCCUUCCCCGCCGCCCGCACCUGCGCCUGCGCCGCCCGCGCCUCCCCGCGGCCCAGGCCUCUGGAGGCCCUGGUAGCCCCCUCGCCAGGCCACGGACCCCGCUGACUGCAAGAGACCGGGAGCGCCAGGCCGACUGAGGAAACUCGUGGUGCCGGCUGCUCUUUACGCACGGGGGACCAGCUCAGCACCCACCCCCAGGCUGGAACCCGGAUGUUUGUGAUCUGUGUGGCCGACUGAAGGCCGUGGGGGCUCAGCUCGAGGAAAUGAGAGCAGCCCAACCUCUUGCGUGUGUCUGGGCUGGAGAAGGGGGCAGGUGGCUGCAGGGGGAGGAAGGAGCUCCCCUCCUCAUCUGCUGGAAGUGGCUCUAGAACUGGGCCCCAGCACUAGCACCAGCCCAAACUCUGGGCCAGGAGCUCACCGGAGCCGGGUGCAGCCCUCUAUUCUGACUGGUCGCUGCCUCCUUACAGCUCAGCCUGGGCACCUCUGGACACGCAAUAGCAAUGGCCUGAGGAGCUCUGCGGGCUGGGCAGCCAUCACCCCCACUCCUGGGCUCCCCUGUCCUGUGCUUGCAUUGAUAGAGACAGGGUGCAGCCAGGGCUCUGUGUUGCUGGGGGUGAGGGCGUGGUAAGAUGGUCUUGGGAAGGACUUAUUUCCCCAAGCAUUCAGUGACCACCUAUGUACCACACACCAGUCUAGGGGGCCUUGGGGUGUGAGGAAGGGGUGGAUAAGAAGGAGGGUGCCCUGUGGCCUCAAGGAAGCUUGAGUCAGUGCCAAUGUGAGGUGAGCAAGCCUAUGUCCUGGAGCAGCAGAAAUUCCAUUUUCUUGCAGAUAACAGCAAGUAAAGGAACAGGAAAAACCUUUCCUGUCAGGACAGGUUACUGGAAACCACUUGUUUCUCAGACUUCUUUUCCUUCUGCCCAGAAGCAAGGGGAGUCUGAGGAGACUCAGGGAAGGGCGUGUGGCCCCCAGUCUUGGGUGCCCAGGAGAAGGCAGGGGCACCUGCAGCCUGCUGGUCACGCUCCCGGUUCACGGGGAUUCACUGCGCACUCCAGGGAGGUUGGGACUCCCAACAGUCCCCAGUCCAACAUCCUGAGCAAGGGACCAGGGCACUAAGGACAAGAGCUGACGGGGUGGGGGUGCUCACCAGAUCCAAGUAUGUCACAAAAACCCCUGGUGACCUGGGCGCUGAUUUGGGUGGCCAGAUGUGGGAAGCUGUGGGUGUUAUCGAAGGAGUCAAUGUUAAGACAGCAGGGGAGGGACGCCUGGGCGGCUCAGUCAUUUAAGCGUCUGCCUUCGGCUCAGGUCGUGACCCCAGGGUCCUGGGAUCGAGUCCCGCACCGGGCUCCUUGCUCAGCAGGGAGCCUGCUUCUCCCUCUGCUGCUCUUCCUGCUUGUGCUCUCUCUCGCUAUGUCAAAUAAAUAAAUAAAAAAAAAAUCUUAAAAAAAAAAAAAGACAGCAGGGGAGCCCCCAGCAAGGUGUGCUGUCCUUUGUCCUCACAGGCCCAGCUGGCUGGACCGUAGGCUCCUGGAGGGCAGGGCUAGGGCUGAGCCCUCUGUGUCCCCACGGAACUCAGUACAUGGUAGCUGCUCAGUAAAUAUCGUGAGCUAACAAACAGGUGAUGUCACUGGACCAUGGCUGUAUUGAAGCCUUUUGCCACACCUCCCACCCCCAGGCCCUAAUGUCACUUUGAAACUCUGUUCCACCAAAGCCUGUAUAUCCGGAGGACAAAUGUGGGGGAGGGUGUGGAGAGCAGAGAGAGCAGUGUCUGCUUGCUUCCCCCAUUCCCGAGAGUGUGAGCCUGCUCUCCUGAGCUGCCUAGAGCAAGUGGGGGAGGGGCAGGUAACCUACACGCCCACACCCACCACAUAAGGUCAAGUUUCCUCUCUGGGUGAAGGACUCUGCCUUGGGCACACUGAGCAGGCUCCUUUUUUCCCUAAUAAAUAAGAGCUUUCCAUACAGGUUUGAACUCUGUAAGAACUGAUCCACCAGAGGCCCCUUUCCUCCUUUGGGUCAUAUUUGCCACUUCUUGCUUCUGAGCCCCUGACUCCAACCAAGCUGUGUUACAAGCAGUCAGGGAGGAUGGGAGGGAGACAGGCCAGUGACUCAUAGGAUCAGGCGUUCCAGGGAGCCUGAACCAGGCGGCCCCCCGGGGCCCUGGCAGGGAGCUGAGGCAUGCCCAGGUGGGUGGGGUUCUGGGCCGGCAGCGAGAAGCCGGUUUCCCAGCACGGAUGGGCAAAGAGCUGCCCAGAAGUUCUGAGCUGGGCUUAGGAAAUAAGCCAAGGCUGGAACACCAGCUUCCUCCACGGGACGCCUGCAGGCACCUCCCCAGGUGUUCCUGAAGGUGAGUCCAGGGCAGUGCAGGCUUUUUCUAUGUGGGAGGGAGGCUGCCUCGCUCGGGGGCAUUUCGUGAGCUUUAACAAUGUCCACAUCGUGCUCGUUGGCCAGCUCUUAUGAUGCCCUCUCUGCUCUGGUCCCAUGACUGAAUCUAACUCUCGAAUUCUGUCUGGUUAUCACGCUUGGUUGAAGAAAAGCCUCCUGUGUCUCUCAUAAACCUGUGGGGGAAAUGAUCCAAUGACCAGAGCACUGAGCUGUCUGGGAAACUCAGGCUGGGGCCAAAGCCCACGUGUCCUCCCCCCACCCCACCGGCGCCGCUUAAUUUG